AUGUUACACAAGCCAAUAAUAAAAACCGAAUUGCCCGGUCCAAAAGCUAAACAAAUAAUUGAAGACGAUACAGAAUAUGUAACACCAUCUUUUUAUCGUUACCCAUAUAAACUUGUUGUUGAAAAAGGUUACGGUGUUUGGAUUGAAGAUACUGACGGUAAUGUAUUUAUGGAUUGUAAUGCAGGUAUAGCCGUUUGCUCAACUGGCCAUUGCCAUCCCGAAGUUGUCGAAGCAAUUACAAAACAGACACAAACACUGAUCCAUAUGUGUGGAACAAAUUAUUAUUAUCAUCACAUGCCCGCAUUAGCCAAGAAACUUGAUGAAUUAGUUCCAAUAAAAGUACCGACAAGAACAUAUUUUGCUACUUCAGGUGCUGAAGCAGUUGAAGCAGCAUUAAAACUUGCUAUGUAUCAUACAAAACGACAAAAAUUCAUUUCGUUUAUUGGCUCAUUUCAUGGCCGAAGUCUUGCUACACUUUCUCUAACAGCGUCAAAAAGAAUUCACCAAGUUGGCUAUAUGCGUCAUCUAUUAGACGUUAUUAAUGUACCUUAUCCAAACAAACUUCGUUCACCGUUCGCAAAUGUAACUGAUGAUGAAAGUGCAUCAAAAGCAACGAUCAACUGGAUUGAAAAUAUUGUUUUCAAAACAACCACACCAGCUGAAGACGUUGCUGGAAUUGUUGUUGAAGCUGUACAAGGCGAAGGUGGCUAUAUUCCUGCACCAAAAAAUUUUUUGAAAGAACUUCGACGCAUAUGUAACGAAAAUGGUAUUCUUUUAAUUGUUGAUGAGGUUCACAGUGGGAUGGGACGAACGGGAAAAAUGUUUGCUACCGAUCAUUAUGAUGUUGAGCCAGAUAUUAUGUGUUUGUCAAAAGGUAUAGGUUCAGGUUUACCAAUUGGCGUUUGUGUGGCUCGCGCUGAUAUAAUGAAUUGGCCACGAGGAGCACAUGCUUCAACGUUCAGUGGAAAUCCUGUUUGCAUUGCAUCAGCAUUAAAAACAAUUGAAUUAUUGGAAAAUGGCCUAACGGAAAAUGCACGUAUUGUUGGGAAUUAUUUAAAAGAUGGAUUACUUAAACUUCAAGACAAAUACGAUUGUAUUGGCGAUGUUCGAGGUCUCGGUUUAAUGAUUGGAGUAGAAAUCGUUGAAUCCAAACAAACGAUGAAACCAACAGCUGAACUACGUGAUAAAAUCGAAACGGCUUGUUACAAUCGAGGUUUACUUAUAUUUGGAGGUGGAGGUGUAAGCGUAAUCCGAUGGGCACCACCAUUGAUUCUGACAAAAGAAAAUGUUGAUGUUGCUCUUGAAAUUUUUGAUGAAGCAAUAAAGGUUUCGGUAUAA